UGCUGGAAGAAUAGGGAUGUGAGGGAAGAAAUUGAUAGCCAGCAUAGGAAGAGGUGAGAAAGAGAGAGACCAUAGUCUAUCGCCAGAAAGGAGGCUGCGACCGAGAGAGCAACCGCACACACUGUACCUCUCACCGGUUCUUCCACUUCUAACUUCUUAGAUCGUCUUCUUCCUCGUCAAACGUCUACGGUUCCUCUUUCCUCUUCGGCGAUUGUCAGAGCAUAAGAGAGCUUGUUUCAUGGAACAGUACGAGAAGGUUGAGAAGAUAGGUGAAGGAACCUACGGCGUCGUUUAUAAGGCUCGUGACCGCGUCACCAACGAGACCAUCGCAUUGAAGAAGAUUCGCCUGGAGCAGGAGGAUGAGGGGGUUCCCAGCACCGCCAUUCGUGAGAUUUCUCUCUUGAAAGAAAUGCAGCACCGCAACAUUGUUAGGUUGCAGGAUGUAGUACACAGUGAGAAGCGUUUGUAUCUGGUUUUUGAGUACCUUGACUUAGAUCUAAAGAAGCACAUGGAUUCAUCACCAGAAUUUGCAAAAGACCUACGACAAGUAAAAAUGUUCCUUUACCAAAUUCUCUGUGGGAUUGCUUACUGUCAUUCACAUAGAGUUCUUCAUAGAGAUUUAAAACCACAGAAUUUGUUGAUAGAUCGCAGCACUAAUUCACUGAAGCUUGCAGAUUUUGGACUGGCAAGGGCAUUUGGAAUUCCUGUUAGAACAUUUACACAUGAGGUAGUAACACUGUGGUACAGAGCUCCGGAAAUUUUGCUUGGAUCCCCUCGUUAUUCUACACCAGUUGAUAUUUGGUCAGUGGGAUGCAUAUUUGCAGAGAUGGUAAAUCAACGACCUCUCUUCCCUGGGGACUCUGAGAUUGAUGAAUUGUUUAAAAUAUUCAGAAUCUUGGGUACACCAAAUGAAGAUACGUGGCCUGGAGUGACAUCAUUGCCUGAUUUUAAAUCAGCCUUUCCCAAGUGGCAGCCGAAGGACCUGAAAACUGUCGUUCCAAAUCUUGAUCCAGCUGGUCUUGAUCUUCUUUCUCGCAUGCUUCACUUGGAUCCCAGCAAAAGAAUUACUGGCAGGAGCGCUCUUGAGCAUGAAUACUUCAAAGACAUUAAAUUUGUCCCCUGAAUGCUUAUCUUCAAGGCUGGGGUGUCUAUAUUAGUAGUAUAUGUAUCAUUUACGCGUUUUGACUCAUAAAUGUGUGCUACCCUUGCUUUUUUUACUUCAAUGCUUAGGGACAGAAUCAUAUUUCAUUUAUUUGUUACUUACAUAUUUUAGAUUCAGCUUGAGUGUGAUCUUAUUACCUAUUA